AUGACAAACAUCAUGACAGAGCCAACACCAGAAUGUCGUCUGGAGAGUGGGGCCCAGUUGGUCCCCGUUGGCUUGGAGCUCAAUCGGUCAGUCUUCUUCUCUGGAGAUGAAUCAUAUGACGAGCAGGAAUCAAAGGCAAGCUCCAGCAGAUUCAUGGACCGCAAUGUAUGGCGAGAGCGGGCAGAAAGUGGCCUCCUGCUGAUAUCGUACAGUCAAGACGGAACUGCAGGAGGAUUUUGCUUGUCUUAUCCAAAAUCAUCGCCGACCACUAAAGACGAUUGUUGGCAUAUAUGGCUGGUCGGUGUUCUGAAAGGAGCGAGAAGAAAUGGUCACUGGAAGGCUAUGCUACAAGCAACCAUUCAACAUGCAAAAAAUCAUGGGUUUUCAACUGUUUCCAUAUCCACAUUCCCGGACAAGUUCCCGGCCAUGUUUGCAAGUCUCCAGAAAAAUAAUUUCUGCGUGGACCAGUCAAGUUUGAGGGGCGGUAGUGGUGGAGGGAAAGUGUUCCUGAAACUGAACAUCCAAGAUUCGAUAUUAUGA